CUCUCCUCCUCCGGCCACCAUCGCCGCCGCCCCCGACGGCCACAAACUUCCGGUAGCCACCGCCUGUGGAGGUGAAGGGGCCAUUUCUUCAUGGGAGAAAUGUCAAGCAUGCAGUUGGGGGUUAUAGGGGCACUGUUUCUGUCGGUGGCAUCAUCGGUGUCCAUUGUCAUAUGCAACAAAGCCUUGAUGAGCAAUCUUGGUUUUCAAUUUGCCACGACAUUGACAAGUUGGCAUCUGCUGGUGACGUAUUGCACACUCCACGUGGCACUUAAGUUAAAAUUCUUUGAAAACAAGCCAAUUGACAUGAAGACUGUGACAUUGUUUGGCAUACUAAACGGAGUUUCUAUUGGCUUUCUUAACUUAAGUCUUGGCUUUAAUUCUAUUGGCUUUUACCAGAUGACAAAACUUGCAAUUAUACCUUUCACUGUGUUGCUAGAAACCAUUUUCUUGAAUAAACAAUUCAGCCGGAAUAUAAAGUUGUCUCUGGGAGUCCUCCUGGUGGGCGUCGGCAUCGCCUCCGUCACCGAUCUCCAGCUCAAUUUUGUUGGGACAGUCCUCUCCCUCCUUGCCAUCAUAACAACUUGUGUUGGCCAAAUUCUUACCAACACAAUACAAAAGAGGCUGAACAUCUCAGCUACCCAGCUGCUAUACCAGUCAGCACCAUUUCAAUCUGCAAUUCUUUUUGUCACUGGCCCUUUGUUGGAUCAAUUCCUCACCAACCAAUUUGUUUUUUCCUUUAAUUAUUCACCAUUUGUAUUGGGAUUUAUAGCACUUUCAUGCUUGAUUGCUGUGUCGGUGAACUUCAGCACAUUCUUGGUGAUUGGGAAGACAUCACCUGUGACAUAUCAAGUGUUGGGGCACUUAAAAACAUGUCUUGUUCUUGGGUUUGGGUAUACAUUGCUGCAUGAUCCCUUCACUGCUAGGAACAUUAUUGGCAUUUUGGUUGCCAUUGUUGGAAUGGCCUUGUACUCCUAUUUCUGCACGCAUGAAACCAAGAGGCUCAAGUCACACUCAAAUGGAGAAUUAUCCUCUUUGUCUCAAGACAUAGACAGGGAUAACACCACACCACUUUUGGUGGCCAAGAACAUUAGUUAUCAGCAAGAAAAGGAAAACCAUGGAGCCAAGGACUCCCUCGUUUAGACUAGCUAUAGGUUUUCUUGAAUUCGUACAUUCUACAUGCUACGUGCAGAAGAAAUGAAGUUUUUGGUCUUUACCAGAUAAACCAAUACAGUGUUGUUCUUCCCAUUUUUGAACAAUCCUCUACAAUUUUGUACAACCGGCCUGUAAUCUUGCUAGCUUAUAUAGUUCUUGUUAGAUUGGUUGAUUUCGGUAAAAAAAAAAAAAAUCUCUUUUUUUUGGACGAUGAGGAAAAUCACAUCCACUAUUAAAAAGUGUAUGUGUCAAUGAGUUCGACCCAAAGAGUAAGAUAAUCAUGUUUCACCAGCUGACCCCUUUCGGGGCUAGUACAAACUAUUUCAUGUGGGCAUGGGGCAACUCCAAACAAAUUGGUCAAUUCAGAGUGGAAACUGUUUAUUGACCUUUUUUAUUUGAGCCAAUUAGCUAUUAACAACCUAGCUUGGUUUACUUCUUUUGCUGACUAGAGUCACAAGGCAGG